AUGACAACUUGGAGAGUAGUUGGAUGGGCCGAUGAAUCUGAAUGGGAAGCAGUUUACUUUAACUUAUUUUAUGGCGACCGGUAUCAAAUCCGAGCAGCGUUGAAUCAGAUUUCUAUAUGGAGAGCGAGGUUUGCUGGCAGGAUACCUGUAGCAAUCGAAGCAACUGCACAACUUUUUGAAUGCUUUUUACAUGAAGGUGGAUCGAAUACUAUGACAAAGAGACAAUGUAUGUCGACAGCUCUGUCGCAAUUUGUUGGUUUAUUAACUGAACGAAGUCUUAAAACUACGGGUUAUCACACCCCCAUUCAUGUGAGGGGUGAAGAAAUGGGAAUACCGGAAUGGAUUGUGAAUCUGCGUCAUGAAGCUGCACAUGGUUUUGUCCCAUCGUUCUUGAUGUUGGACAAGGGUGUUAAAUUUGCAUUCGAGUGGCUCAAGACCGUGCAUUGGGAGAAACUACACGAGAAACAAAUUAAAAUGACUAGUAAUGAUGAUAAUAAUGGCGAAGAUGUUGUUUCAAUAGAUAGAGAUAUUGUAGCGGUUCUCAGAAAUUGUUUCACAAAAGCUGUUAAAAGAGCAACUCCUAGUAAAACAUUGCCUGAGCUCAAUUCAAUUAUUUCUGUAAAGCAAAAUGGAAAACUCAGGGCUGAACGACUGUAUAUAUUACAAGAAAAACCUUUUGACCCUAAAAAUGAACAAGAUUUUCUGAUCACAAUAGAAAAUUGUAUCGCAGAAACUCGGUCAUGUGAAAUUCAAACUACAGAAUUUUUGGAGAACGAAACUAUUGUGAUUGAUAAUCCAAGUUCGUGGACGUUAUUUAAGGGUGAUAUAGGUGGUCUUCCCAUAGGUUUGAUGCCUGGUCAAGAUAAGACAAUGCUUUGGAAAGAUCUGUCUAGUGAUAGAUUGGAGGCUGCGGAAAAUUUUAUUGACAAUCUUCCCUCAAAUGAUGUUGAGAAAAACAAUUAUUUUCAUGAGGGAUUCAGUGAAAGCCAAAUACAACACUUUGCUAAUGCAAUUGAUUUACUAUAA